AUGCACUCCAACAUCGCCCUCAUCGCCGCCUUCGCCGCCGCGGCUCUGGCAGCCCCGCUGAGCGUCGCAGGCCGCGUGGGUACCGUCCAGCCAGGCCAGGACUUCGCGCCCAAGCAGGAGAGGCAGCUUGACGCCCUCACCGGCCUGCUGGGAGGUGCCACGGGCACAGGCAGUGCUACUGGUGCUUCGUCUUCGGGGGCUGCGGGUGGGGCUGGUGGCCUUGACGCCCUGACUGGUCUUCUGGGAGGUGCUACUGGCACGGGCAGCGCUGCAGGCGCUUCUUCCUCUGGAGCAGCGGGAGGUGCGGGUGGCCUCGACGCUUUGACCGGCCUUCUCGGAGGUGCGGGCGGCGCGGGCGGCGCCGGUGGCGGCGAGAAAGAUGGUCUUGGUGCCACUGUUGGUGGUGGUCUUGAUGGUGCUGAGGGCGCCAUCGAGAACCUUGGUCUCAAAGAGUAG